AUGCCGGGACCGAGACUCAGGGCACACUCACAGGCUAACCCAAUCUCGGCGACUCUCCUUUCCCCCCUGAACGCUCGCCCCACAAAUCAUCACUCGCUGCCCCAUCGCGCCCUCGUCACGCCUCAGCCUGCCUACCCUGGCGCUUCGCCCGACCUUGACCGUUCAGUAGCCGCUGCCGGCCUGCCUCAGGGCCGCAGCCCAUCCUUUCUUCGCGGUUACGACCCCAAAGACUAUUUCACGCAGUCUCCCUUUCGGAAUCGUGCAGCCUCCUCCGCUGCCCGUCGCCUACCUCACCUUUCUGCUGCUCGUCUCUGGAACCCAACGAACUCGACCCCGCGACUCCCUGAGAAGACCAUUCGCAAACGACGUCCAUCGACACCGCCUCCUCCCGCAGUUCCUCUAUCACAUCCGACCCUCGAUCCCUACUCCGUCGAUCCCUCCGAUCCCUUGGGCAUCGGCGCAGGCGAUUACCCGCUUUUGACACUCCCCGAACAACGUCAGACUAGACAUUCCACGUCGAAUCGCGCAAGCCUCCAGCUCGACAGAAACGCCGAACACCGCAUCAGCCUUCCGCCCUCGGUUCGUCACUCAUACGACGGAAGAAGAUCCGCCGACCCUUCGCCGACGUUUCAAGACCCCGACUCUGGCCUGGGUGACGAUAAAGGCGACGCGCCUGCAGAACCACCCGUCGAACCUCGAGUUACUGGCCUUCGAAAGCGAGGUCAAAGCGUGUCAAACCCUCUGGUCGUGGACUUCGCCUACGUCGACAAGGGCAAAGGAAAAGCAAUCAUGGAGCAGACUACCGAGGCACAGGUGCGGGGGACUUCUAAGGACUUGGAGCGUGGACCUGAUGUGCUUCCACGCAUUUCCAAUGUGUCGGCCGGCGAUGGAAUCGGCUCGGCUAUAUCCUCAUCGAACUCAUCUAUCAUGGGAGAGGAAUUGCCGCCAGAUCUCGGCGAGGAAUGGGGCCCCCAGCACCCGUGUUUCCCGCAUCUAAAUCCCCACGUUCCGAUCGACUCUCCCGAGUAUCACAACACGCGUAUCAUUCGCAUUCGGCGGGACUGGUUGUUGGAAGGAGAUUUGGCUCCGACGUUCUCAAAUCUGUACCCCGAAAUUCUUGACCCGGCUGGUUUGUCAGAGCAAGAGUUCCGCCGUAUCAUCGACAGGCUGAACGGUGAGCUUGUGCCAAUAUUCAGCCCAUACAACUGGAGAAACAUAAUGGACAGUGUUCUGGGUUUGGUGACGGGGUGGUUGUGGGAUGACUUGGGCUUCACUGGCGUCAAGGCCCGGCUGAAGCGUCUGGAACGGUGGGUAGACCAAUGGAACAACGAGAUGGAGAAGACGGUGGGUAACGAAGACCCCUCAAUGGCGCCGCGCAUCAUUUCGUUGAGGCGGACGGGUUACAUGACUCUGGACAUACAGAUUCCCGAUCCUGAAAUCGCCCCGGCCCCGAGCACACCAACAGGGUCGGGGAACAUGCCCAUGGAGCCUCCGGCUGCCGUGACGGCAUGA